AGAAAAGAAGAGUAAAGUUAUGGCUUCUAGACUAUUUGGUUUGGAAACAACUUUGAUUAUUCUUCUCUAUGUUUCUCUUUUCCUCAAGCUUCAUCACAAGAAUUUCAUAAUAACUCUAGCUGAAGCUAGCAGUGUGCACAUUAUAUACAUGGGAGAGAAGCACCAUGAAGAUCCAACCGUAGUUGAAGAAUUCCACUAUGACAUGCUAGAAAUAUUGCUAGGAAGUAAAGAAGCAGCACAAGAAUCAAUAUUGUAUAGCUACAAGCAUGCAUUCUCUGGUUUUGCAGCAAAAUUAAGCAAGUCUCAAGCAGAGGCCAUCGAAGAUUUCCCCGGCAUUGUUCAUGUGAUACCCAACCGUGUGCACAAGCUACACACAACUAAUAGCUGGGAUUUUAUCGGUCUUAAUUCACAUUCCACAAAGAACCUCCUAACUGAAGCAAAAAUGGGUGAAGAUGUCAUCAUUGGCGUCAUAGAUACAGGGAUUUGGCCGGAAUCAGAAAGCUUCAAAGAUGAAGGCAUGGCUCCAGUUCCAUCCCGCUGGAAGGGAACUUGUCAGCAAGGAGAAGAAUUCAACUACACAAACUGCAACAAGAAACUCAUCGGUGCACGUUGGUUUGUGAAAGGAGCAGAAGCGGAAACAAAAAGAUCGAUCAAUUCUAUCAAAGAAGAAGAGUACAUAUCAGCGAGAGAUUUCAUCGGCCAUGGAACGCAUACGGCAUCAAUCGUAGCUGGUUUUCCUGUCAGAAAAGCAAGCUACAAAGGUUUAGCUGCAGGGACAGCAAGAGGAGGAGCACCUCAUUCUAGAAUCGCAGCUUACAAAGCAUGCUGGGCUGUUGUUAUUGAUCAAGGAUGCACUGAUGCUGAUAUACUAAAAGCUUUUGAUGAAGCUGUUAAUGAUGGAGUUGAUAUCAUAUCUGUGUCUCUGGGGUCCAAUAUUCCUCUGUUUGGAUACAUAGAAGAUUCAAUCUCAAUAGGUGCUUUCCAUGCGGUUGCAAAAGGGAUUACUGUGAUUUGUUCAGCUGGGAAUGAUGGCCCUUUUUCUCAAACUAUCUCAAAUACUGCACCUUGGAUCAUUACCGUUGCAGCCUCUACCAUCGACAGAGCUUUCCCAACUGCCAUCACACUUGGAAACAAUCUUACUCUCAUGGGACAGUCAAUGAACACACCAAGGCGACGGCAUAAAAAUCGGUUCCAUAGAAUGGAGUACUCAGAGUGGAUUGCAGGAAAUGACUUUGCUACAGAUUCUGGAGGCAAUGCAUGCCAUGAAGGAAUGCUCAAUGCAACACUAGCAAAAGGAAAGGUCAUCCUUUGUUUCUCUACAACGGAAGAAGACCAUAUAGAAAAUGCAGCAACUUCAGCGUCAGAAGCUGGAGCUAUUGGUAUCAUUUUUGCACAAACUCGAAACAGCAUGAUGUAUCCAUGUGAUGCAAUCCCUUGCAUCAAAGUGACUUACGAAGUCGGAACUCAAAUUCUUACCUAUAUUCGAAGAACAAAGUCGCCAGUUGUGAAGCUUGGCCAUCCAAAGACAGUGAAUGGGAAAUGGGUCGCUCCAAGAAUAGCAUAUUUCUCCUCAAGAGGCCCGGGCUCUUUCUCUCCUGCUGUUCUAAAGCCUGACAUAGCGGCGCCAGGAGUCAAUAUAUUAGCAGCACACAGUGAUCCGAAAAAUUCGGAAGAUAGAUUUAUCUUCUUAUCCGGAACAUCGAUGGCAUGUCCUCAUGUCUCCGGUGUAGCUGCAUUAAUCAAAUCUGUUCAUUGGGAAUGGUCUCCUGCUGCAAUAAGAUCUGCAUUAAUAACUACAGCUUCACAAGCUGGGACCGAUGGAGAACUGAUAAUCAAUGAAGAUGGAACACGGAAACAAGCCGAUCCUUUUGACUUUGGAGGUGGUCACAUGGAUCCAACUAGAGUGGCACAUCCAGGCCUCAUUUACAACAUGAGCUCAGAGGAUUACAUCCCAUUCCUGUGCUCCUUGGGAUGCAAAACCAAGGCCAUUAGCAACUUAGUGCAACAUAAAACACACUGCCCAAAGACCAAUUCAGCAUUGGACCUUAAUCUCCCUUCAAUUGUAAUCCCUGAUCUUAAAAGAACUGUGACAGUAUCCAGAGAAGUGACUAAUGUUGGCCAUGUUAAUUCAGUUUACAAAGCUCAUAUCAAUCCUCCAAAUGGAAUCAAAGUCCAAGUGAUUCCCAACACUCUCUCAUUCAAUUCAACAAUAAAGAGUAUCAAAUUCAAAGUGGCCUUCUCUUCUAACACAACGGUUCACAAGGACUACUCAUUUGGAAGCUUAACUUGGACUGACGGAGUGCAUAAUGUCCGGAGCCCGAUUGCGGUUCGAGCUAUCCUAUUUGACUCAUAUGCAGAUAUGUGAGCAAAUUCUGCAUGUAAAGUAGUAGUAAUAAAACUUGUGUGGUUUCAGAAUACAUAAAUAUGAAUUAUAGUGUAGCCUUUGUUUUU